UUUGAAUAUUUGUCCAUCGGAUUUUAACCCUUUUCUAUCAAAACAUUUUAUUAAUCAGAAGAAUCCUCAUUGAAACAAAAAACCACCUAAACAGGCUUCAUGUUGAGAGACAUGAGCACUCCUCUCCAGCAGGUGUCGCUUCAGCUCCGUGUUGCGGACAAAAGAAGAGCAGGCUGGAGUUUCUUUGGGGAAACUGCGCCCCCGUGCGGUGAGACUGCGCAGGUGCGGCGUGAGCGCGUGACCGAGGCGCGUGCCUGAUGAUGAGCAGCUGACCUUUUUCCUGCGGUCGCCUCCCUGUCCUCCUCUGCAGGUGUGCGCAGUUUUAACAUGACCGCCGAGUUUCUGCGCAACAUCUGCGUCUCCACGUGGCGCGCGCCUCCUUUCAGCCGCUGAUCGGAACCGGAUCCAUCCGAACAUGGCCGUGCUCGGUCCAGGUCCCGCUUCGUUUCGGUUCGGCUCGGUCCUCCUGAUUCUCCUGAUCCUUAGCGGUUCUUCCUGGACCAGAGAUGUCCCCACAGGACGCAACGACACCAGGCCAGAACUGAACCGGGAGCGUGACGGCCAAAACCGGGAUCAUGGAAACAACGCCACGAAACACAAGGCUUUCCCCGUCCUCGAGUUGAACUACGAUUAUGUCCGGAUGCCGUUUGAGAUUUCCCUGUGGAUCCUGCUGGCGCUGCUCAUGAAGCUGGGUUUCCACAUCAUUCCCAGAAUUUCCCACAUCGUUCCAGAAAGCUGCCUGCUGAUCUUCGUCGGUCUGCUCAUUGGCGGCGUCAUCAAAGCGAUCCAAGAGAAGGCGCCAGUCAUGGACACCAAGCUCUUCUUCCUCUACCUGCUGCCGCCCAUCAUCCUCGACGCCGGCUACUUCCUGCCCAUCCGGGCCUUCACCGAGAACAUGGGCACCAUCCUGGUCUUUGCGGUGGUGGGGACGCUGUGGAACGCCUUCUUCAUCGGCGGGAUGAUGUUCGCCGUGUGCCAGAUUGAGGCUGCCGCAGCCGCCCAUGUUAGCCUGCUGUCCUGCCUGCUGUUCGGCUCUAUCAUCUCGGCCGUGGACCCGGUGGCGGUUCUGGCCGUGUUCGAGGAAAUUCACAUCAACGAGCUGCUGCACAUCCUGGUGUUUGGAGAGUCGCUGCUUAACGAUGCGGUCACAGUGGUUCUGUAUCACCUGUUUGAGGAGUUUUCCCACGCAGACACUGUUACCGUUGGCGACGCCUUCCUCGGCGUGGUCUCUUUCUUCGUGGUUUCGCUCGGCGGCAUCCUGGUGGGUGUCAUCUACGGCGUCCUGGGUGCCUUCACGUCCCGCUUCACCUCGCACUUCCGCGUCAUCGAGCCGCUGUUCGUCUUCCUCUACAGCUACAUGGCGUACCUCUCUGCAGAGGUCUUCCAUCUGUCCGGGAUCAUGUCUUUGAUUGCCUGUGGCGUCGUCAUGCGGCCAUAUGUGGAGGCCAACAUCUCCCACAAGUCCUACACCACCAUCAAAUACUUCCUGAAGAUGUGGAGCAGCGUGAGCGAGACGCUAAUCUUCAUCUUCCUCGGGGUUUCCACAGUGGAAGGCCCUCACAACUGGAACUGGAUCUUUGUGGUCUUCACCCUCGUCUUCUGCCUCCUUUCCAGAGUGUUGGGAGUCGUUGGCCUCACCUUCAUUAUAAAUAAAUUUCGUAUUGUGAAGCUGACCAAGAAGGACCAGUUCAUCGUGGCCUACGGUGGCCUGCGAGGUGCAAUUGCCUUCUCUCUGGGAUACCUUAUACACCAGGAUGAGGGCAGCAAAGACACGAGGGGCAUGUUCCUCACCGCCAUCAUCACAGUAAUCUUCUUCACCGUCUUUGUGCAGGGGAUGACCAUCAGGCCUCUGGUGGAGCUGCUGGCAGUGAAGAAGAAGAAGGAGAGCAAACCGUCAAUAAACGAGGAGAUUCACACUCAGUUCCUGGACCACCUGCUUACAGGAAUCGAAGACAUCUGUGGACAUUAUGGACAUCAUCACUGGAAGGACAAGCUGAAUCGCUUCAAUAAGACGUACGUGAAGAAGUGGCUGAUCGCAGGCGAGCGCUCCAGCGAGCCGCAGCUCAUCUCCUUCUACAACAAAAUGGAGAUGAAGCAGGCCAUGAUGCUGGUGGAGAGCGGGAGCGCCGCCAAGCUGCCCUCCGUCAUGGCCGCCGCCCCCGCUGCCCCCGCCGCCCCCGCCCAAACCGCGGAGCAGCAGAGCGAACCGACACCAGAGCGAAUGAUCCCCAAGAUCUCAAAGACCCGCGAAGCCGAGAUCCGCCGGAUCCUUCGGGCCAACCUGCAGAACACGCGGCAGAGGCUGCGCUCCUACAGCAGACACGACUUCUUCAUGGACCCGUUUGAGGACAACAUGAGCGAGGUCCGCUUCCGGCGGCAGCGGGUCGAGAUGGAGCGGCGGAUGAGCCACUACCUCACCGUCCCGGCGAAGCAACAGGAAACGCCGUCGGUCCGGAAGGUUUGGUUCGAACCAGAGCACAAAGUCUACACCUACGAUAAGAACGAGAGCACCCGGCCGUCCGACAGCGCCGCCCUGCUGGACGAGUCGAAUCAGCGCGCAGACGGCCAAUCAGAGAGGGAGAAACCGACUCGCUGCCUGAGCGAUCCUGGUCCCGAUGAGGAAGGAAGCUGCUUCCUCCCGUCAUGAUGAAGGUUUCCUCUCUGGACUGGUUGUUCUUGAUGUGUGAUAUGAGGUGACGCAUUUCAGUGUUUUCAGCACCAAACGGACUCUUCAGGGUAUUACGAAGCACAAAAGAAAGAUUAUCAAUGAAGUAAGUUGAUCGAUCAGUUUUACAGCUGAAUGAGUCAUCAGUCAGUUAAUUUUAUAAAGAUGAUUAAUAAAAGAGCAAAAAGGAAACACCUGGAGGGAAAAUGGAAAGAAGGGAGGAAUGGAGGAAUUUACUGCAUAUAAUCCAUAAAUAUCCAGCCUUAGAAGAAAUUCCUGACCUGGAUGCAGUUUGGUCAACUCGCAUCCAGUUGACCAAACUGGAUGCUUUAAAAUGCAUUUUAAAUCCUGCAUUUUAAAGGAUUUAAAAUGCAGAGAUGAAGCAUCUAAAAUGACCACAGGGGGGCGCUUCAAUCACUCCAGAUCAUACAGCCCGUCCUGGUUUGUCCUGCUGACUCUAAACACCUGCUGCUCCAACCGACUGACAGACGCUUCAGUGACUCCAGAUACUGUUUAUAAAGUUACACUGUCAAAAAUUAACAGCAAUAGUUUGGAUUAUUUAGCUGGUCAUGAAAACAAUGUGGAUUAAUUUUUCAAAGUCAUAUUUUCACCAUGUCAUUCAUUUAUAAAUGUCAACGUUUCAGACUGGAUCUGAUAUUUGUGAAUUAAUGAAUGACAUGGUGAAAAUAAGUCUUUGAAAAGUGAAACCCCAUUUUUUCUGAUAUGGUUGAAUAACUCAGAAUGUUGCUGUUCAUUUUUGACAGUGUAACUUUAUAAACUGCACCGCACGUGUCACUGCCUGACGGUGAGGUUACAUCACUUCCGCCCCCUGGUGGCUGGAUGUGGACCAAACUAUGUCCCGCUCCUCCUGAGUAGCAAACUGUUUAUUUGACUGUAAAUCAGUUACUUUUGAAAGCUUGAACUAUGUGUGUCUGUCUAUGAUUUCUGCUGAUUUUGUGGAUAAAAGCAGCAUAAAUUAAGUUGAUCACAUCACCGCAGACACCAAAGGCAGCUGUGCCGAUUCUUUAGUGAUCAUGUUCGACUAAUUAUGUGUUUUACAACAAGCUUGUGCCUUAUUCAGUUGCAUUUCAUUUAUCUUAAUAUCAUGGGAUUAAGUGAACAAAAACUUCAACAUAUUUUUCCAUGUAAUUAAGAGAUAAAUAUUGUAAAGGUGACCAAACGUCUAAACGACCUUUAAUCACCUCCUGACUCAUCGUGUUGCCUCAGGGACUCAAAUGUAGCUUGUCGGAUCCCGACUGCUGAAGGAAAACUCCGGUUUGGAGAUUCAAACAGGAUGUGAUGUUUCAUCAACUUCCUCCUCACUGAGCUUUAAGGCGUUUUAAUGCCUGCCUGCAUCUCUUUUGUCUUACAAGCUUUUAUAUUUUGUGUUGCUGACAUUUAUCUCAUGAAGAAAAACUAUAAUAAAAUAAAUUUACUGUUAA